CGGGCCCCGCCCACCGCUGCCUUCCUCCGGUGGGCGCCAGCUGCCGCGGAGGCCUGAGCGAGCGCUGACUCCGGCGGGCGCAGCUGCAGUCCGAGCGCCGGCGGGGGCUGGUGGGCCCGCUCUCUUGUUUUUCUCGCCGCCGCCGCCGCGCCCUCGGACAUGGUGGCCCCUAGCUCUGUGACCAGCCGCCUGGGCUCGGUGUUCCCCUUCUUGCUCGUCCUGGUGGACUUGCAGUACGAAGGUGCUGAAUGUGGAGUCAAUGCAGAUGUUGAGAAACAUCUUGAACUGGGCAAGAAAUUACUCGCGGCUGGACAGCUGGCUGAUGCACUCUCACAGUUUCACGCUGCAGUAGACGGUGACCCCGAUAACUAUGUCGCCUACUACCGGAGGGCCACGGUCUUUCUGGCCAUGGGCAAGUCGAAGGCCGCGCUCCCUGACCUGACUAAAGUGAUCGAACUGAAGGUGGACUUCACCGCGGCAAGAUUACAGAGAGGUCACUUAUUAUUGAAACAAGGAAAACUUGAUGAAGCAGAAGAUGAUUUUAAAAAAGUGCUCAAAUCUAAUCCAAGUGAAAAUGAAGAAAAGGAAGCCCAGUCCCAACUCAUAAAGUCUGAUGAGAUGCAGCGUUUGCGCACGCAUGCCCUCGAUGCUUUUGAAAACUCGGACUAUACUGCAGCUAUAUCCUUCCUUGAUAAGAUUUUAGAGGUGUGUGUCUGGGACGCCGAGCUGCGGGAGCUUCGAGCCGAGUGUUUCAUAAAGGAAGGGGAGCCCAGGAAAGCGAUUAGUGACUUAAAAGCUGCGUCAAAACUGAAGAAUGACAAUACCGAGGCUUUUUAUAAGAUCAGCACCCUGUACUAUCAGCUGGGAGACCACGAACUGUCCCUCAGUGAAGUUCGUGAGUGUCUGAAACUUGACCAGGAUCAUAAGAGGUGUUUUGCGCACUACAAACAAGUGAAGAAACUCAAUAAGCUGAUCGAGUCAGCCGAAGAGCUCAUCAGAGAGGGCAGAUACACAGAUGCAACCAGCAAAUAUGAAUCCGUCAUGAAGCUAGAGCCUGGUGUUUCAGAAUACACAGUUCGCUCAAAAGAAAGGAUUUGCCACUGCUUCUCUAAGGACGCAAAGCCCGUGGAGGCCAUUCGGGUGUGUUCGGAGGUUCUGCAGGCGGAGCCCGACAACGUGAACGCCCUGAAGGACCGCGCGGAGGCCUACCUAAUCGAGGAGAUGUAUGACGAAGCUAUCCAGGACUACGAAACGGCUCAGGAGCACAAUGAGAAUGACCAGCAGAUUCGGGAAGGCCUGGAGAAAGCACAGAGACUAUUGAAACAGUCCCAGAAAAGAGAUUAUUAUAAAAUCUUGGGAGUAAAAAGAAAUGCCAAAAAACAAGAAAUCAUUAAAGCAUACAGAAAACUAGCAAUGCAGUGGCACCCAGAUAAUUUCCAGAAUGAAGAAGAAAAGAAAAAAGCUGAGAAGAAAUUCAUUGACAUUGCGGCUGCUAAAGAGGUCCUCUCUGAUCCAGAGAUGAGGAAGAAGUUUGAUGACGGAGAAGACCCCCUGGACGCAGAGAGCCAGCAGGGCGGCGGCGGCAACCCCUUCCACAGAAGCUGGAACUCGUGGCAAGGCUUCAACCCCUUCAGCUCAGGCGGACCUUUUCGAUUUAAAUUCCAUUUCAAUUAAGCCAGCUGUGUUUUUGCUCUUCUUCCUUUUUUUAAAGAUUAAAAAAAGAAAUAUUGUUCUAGGAUCCUAAUGAAAAAAAAAUUCAAAUCUUUGUUUGUCCAUGACCAAAGAAUUGUUUUAAUAAGAAAAAAUCAGUUCUUACCCACUUCAGGCUCGAGGCUGACGGGUGUCCCGCAGGGCCACCUGCCCGUGUGUGUGCGGGGGCUGGGCUUGCGCAGCCUGGGCGUCCUGCCGGAGGGCGCAGGAGCUGCCGUCUCCCAGCCUCCUGUAGCAAGUCCUGCCGAUGCGAAGGAGGCGGAGCUGUGUCUUCGUGAGGAUGGGUUAUAUUUCAGUGUUCUUAAAGAUAAUGUUCACAUUUUGAGCUAUAUGUUUCUUGGGUUGAUUUUGCUUUGAUUUUGGUCAGUCCGGUCACUUGCAAACGUGUUAAAUUACAGUCUGCUUUCACCCCGUGCACUGGCAUCUCCCUCCCGGCACGAAGGCCGGCGGGGUGCAGCGUGCACUCGGCGGUCGAGGUGGCCAGGGUGCGACUGUGGGUGGGUGUCGGCGGGCUCUCAAGAGAACCCUCACCACCACUGAAACAGCAUGAAUUGUAAGACCUGUCUCUGUUUGAUAUGAAACAAAUUAAGUUACGUGCAAAAACGGUUCAGCUAAUGUAGCAAUGGUUUUAUUUCAAGUAAUUGUGCAGAGGAGCCGAGGGAAAUACUGCAACAGCUGACACUGUGAGUUCAGUGGGACUCCCCACAACAGGACCGUCUCCGACGGGUGCGGCUGCUUGGUGCACGGGGCAGGUGCCCUCUGUCUCCCUGUUCCUCCCUGCAGCGGGGCAGCUCCCCCGUCCCGGCCGAGCCCCGUGGACCGGGGAGAUGCCCCUCGCUGCCCAGAGGCUGCUGCCUGAAACAGCACAGGUGUACAGCCCUGGCGGCCCGGCCGCCUCCCCCGGCAAGAUGGCGUCUCUCCUUGGGAUACCUUUGUACCUUUUAAGAAAUUAUUCAAUCUUUGUAUAUUCAAUAAUUCUUUUCCUUAAAAAUGAGUAUUUUAAUCAAGAACAUUAAAUAUUUAUGGAACUACUGAUACUGCAUUUAAAUUCUAAGAGAAUUACUUUAGACAAGGAUUAGUACCUUUAUUCUAGAAAGGUUUUCUGUUUGCCUCAGAGCAUGUCGAAGCAUUUCAAGCAGUAUGAGUCCAGUACGUUGUUUUUACAAAACCCAGCAUUCACACUUCACUGUUGGGAGGCAUCCUGACCAGAACUGUCCACAAUGGCCAAGCACAAAUUCCUUUCUUCCACAGUCGUCCUGAAACACGUGGAAAACCUUUUCAAACGGAGGCAGAACCGCCUGGUUGAGCUGGGUGAGACGCAGCAGUGCUUCUGCAUCUACUCAGAUGUCUGUACCUUACCAAUAAACUUCAGAGUGCAUUUCCAAAACCAGUGAACAGCUUGCAGCUCUCAUUUCAUUUUAAUGUUUCAGAAGUCAAGUUAAUGGGAAGACUUAGGAAAUCCAUGUUUAGUGAUUUCAUGACUUCAUUAGUUAUAUCAGAUUUUUUUUUUCAAUCUGCUGCUUUUCUGUGUCGUCAGCUGUGACCUCUUUGAGAUGUAGCACGGCCACUGUCUAUUUCAAAACAGAUGCUCCGCACACGACCGGGACAGAGGGAGCACCGGACCCCUUGCCCAUCCACUCGGAGGACAGGGCACACAGGUGCCGCCGGGGGCCGUGCAGGGGAGUGUCCGGGCACCGCUGCCCUGCUGCCCGCGGCUCCGGGGGCUCUUCACCCGGCUGCUUCUCUGCGGGUGACGGCCGUGCCUCCUACUCAGAGGCUCACCGCGCGUUCAGUUCAGGCAUCUGGCCUGAAGUGCGCAGUGACUUGCCUGCUUUUAGUGAAAAGACAGUACAAGCUUUGAUGCCAAGUGCCAGUGGCACCCAGAGAAACUCCUUGGAGUCCUGUUUUGCUGAUUAUUGAAGAACACCACCACCUUCCACUUCCAGCUGUGAUGGGCACCAGCAGUCUGACGGGGUCACCUGAGUGGCAAGGCGGCCACCUCACGUGUCCAUCACGGCAAUGGAGGAAAACGGGCGGGAGUGUGUGAAGGGCGAGGAGGUAGAGUGAGAGGGGAGCAGGUGGCAGAGUGAGCCUGGAGCGACCCCUCCCCCCCAAGCUCCAGGCCCUCUUUGGAGAUCAGUACCCACACCCUUUCCAGCUCUUUCUGGAAAAGUGAGUACCAAGGGGCACGGCCCUGCCCUGCGGCCCUUCCUUACCUGCACCUUGGUCCCUUCUCAAACCGUGCCCUGUGGCGAGCUCCGGAAGGGAAGCACCUCGGGGUGGCACGCAGUGGGCAUUUCCACGGCAGCAAGAUCAGACUCCUCAGCCUGGAGGUGUGAGGCAGUUCCAAUAAGGGAGAAGAAAUUAAUUCAUUGCCCACUUCUGAAAAUUUGUGCUUUCUUACCACAGAUAGAUGAAAACUUGAAAACUACUUUUAACAGUUUACUGAUAUGAAUUGGACAUAACAAUACUAAUUUUAAAAUGUCAUUCUCUUGAGUCAGUAUUAAAAGUUUUUCAAUACCAGCAUGGAAACUUUUCUGGGACUCUGAUAAUGGAAUGUAAACUACCCACAGAUUUUUAAAGAGAAAAAUAACUGAUAACCGUGCAGGAAGAAAGGCCAGUAGGCUCCCAAUUUGAAAUGGGCACUGUUUUCUAUCCAUGGUAGAAAAGGGGAGAUCUCACUCUGAAAGGCGUGGAAGUGGCCAGGAGUGGCACGUGGGAGCUGCUGUGAAAACAUGCACCAGACGCUCCAGGUGCAGGCGGCCCCUCCGUCAGUGCCGCCGCCGCCGCCGGGACGCACGGGCCUCGUGGCAGGUCUCCGACCGCAUGCAGCCGUGCAGCCUGGAGACCCGUGCGGCUUCUCCGGAUGAGGUUUCCUCUCCCGGGUUUUCCAAGGAAGGAAGGAAGGAAGGAAGGAAGGAAGAAGGCAGUGCUCACUUGUCAACCCGUAAUACCCCUAGUCUAAGUCCGAUCAUUCCUUUUCAGGUAGCAGUUUACUUUUUAAUUGCAAAUAGUGUUAAUAGAGGUGGGAACAAGGUUUUUUAUGGGUGACCUCAUUUGCUGAAUGAUUAAGAGUGAAGUUGGCCACUGCGUGGCUGUGUGUAGGGACGGGUUCCGUUGCGGUCACGGUCAUGCGCGGCGCCGCCCCCCGCCUGCGUGGGAAGCAGCGCGCGGAGAGCGUCAGAGCGUCCCACCGGAGACCUUCCGGAAGGUCAGGCACGCCGCCUCCGGGAAGGCUGCGUGGCUGGUUUUGAAUGAGGCGGGACCGAGUACCGUGAUCCUUCUCCAUUUAUAGUGUUUUAAUAAUAAAAGACACUGAAAAUUAAAGUGGGUCUCAGACAUGUCUAUACAUACGGGCACUAUUUUUAUGCCCUUGUAUUUUCACAUUUAAUAAAAAUAUUUAUGGUCAAAAUCA